AUGACCAAACUAUCCUACAGCCUUCUCGAUCUGCCACUUUCAAUUAGAAUCCGUAUCUACAUUUUUGCAGGGCUUGCCAAUAAUAGGCUCAUUCCCCUCGAUCGCAAACAUCGCGUCGAGGAACAAUCUGCCCCCACUUGGGAAUACUCUGACCGCAAACUCAAUCUACACCUGGCGGACUUGGCCAUAUAUUCAGCCCUUCUAGUCAUCUGUCGGGCUACUCAUGAUGAGGUGUCGCGUUAUUUCUAUUCCGCCAACACGUUUGUCGCGCACGACCUGCAAACAUUGGGCCGCCUAGGCCCGUCAUAUCUCGCUUUGCUGACCUCUCUCAAACUCAUCCCCUGCCUUACAAAAAGCGCGAAUACCCGCAAUGAAUGUACCUGCACGCCCCUCCAAUUUAUCGAAGACAAGAUAGUCCUCGGCGUGGUUAGCCCUUGGGAUCGCUCCUCCCUCUCGCAGUGGAACUGGACGAUGAAAAAAAUUGCACCGCAUUUGGCCGGCGAUAGACUUGACCUGAGUAUUAUAUGCCCUGUGUAUAAUGAAAGAACCGCCAAAAGUGUGGUGGAACCUUUGCGCCACUUCCCUGUUUUAUCUAGCUGCCACAUCAGGCUCGGUUCCUUCAAUCGUCGCAAGUAUGCUAUCCAGAUGAUCGCCAUGAAAGCUGCCAAACAGGCCAUGGGCCAGAUACCCACCCCUGUGCAACCAUUUCGAUUCUUUGAUCUCCCCACUGAAAUCCGUCUACUUGUUUACCAGUACACCGAUCUCAUCAGCCCGCUCAACAAGCUCCAAUGGGACCCAGACCAUGGCUAUACAGUUGACCCAUCAUUCUGCCCACCAGAAUGUAGUCCACCUUAUGAUACCUGUCAUCCUAACGUGCAUAGGGACUGCGGGUCCCCUAAUGUCCCCCGCUGUCACUGUCGUCAUGGCUUGUCAAACUGGCAUGGCGGAAUGCCAUACUGUUGGACAUGCACACACUACGCCUGCCAGUUUAACACAUGCAAAGCCCAACCUGCACACGGUACAGACCUAGGUCUAAGCUGCUGCGGUGCAAAGACAUCAGCGUACUCCCCCGCAUGUCAUUGCUGGAAACCACCCGUCGCGCUAUUCAGCACAUCUCGAGCCAUCCGAGAAGAAACACAGCGAGUGUUCUUCUCUCAAAACGCAUUCGAGAUUCCCCACUAUAAGUCCUACUCAUACACAGCGGAAGCCGAAGCCGCACCGGAGAGAUGUGCAGCGGCAGUAUUCCUAGCAGAGGUUGUACCUGCAGAUCUACUGCCGUACCUCAGUAAACUUACCAUCUCACUCUGGGACUGUGUUAAGAGAACAGCGAAGGAAGACUGGAUGCACGUUAUAUCAUGGGUCGCCGGUAUAUCAAACCUGCGGGUUCUAUCCAUUUGCACUGCCACGGCCUUCGACGAUAUCACGGAUGUGAUACCGAACACCCGGGAAGAGCUAUCAAGUGAACAGGGCCUUAUCAGGAUCAGGGAUGCUAUACAUGAGGAGGCUUGGCCAGUUGAGAUCUCUCACACGGCGGUGCGAUCAUUGUUCGUGAAUGUCGGAUAUACUCGGUACCCGCUUGCCCUUAUGGUCUACUAUUCCUAUCGGCAUCCCGAUGACCCGGCUGUUCUUUUAGGGGAUGAGCGGAUUGCGGGGGAUAAUUAUACUUUUGUUAGGGAGUGCGAGGGACCGGUUGGGAAACAGGGAGGUACUAAAAAAUGGCUGGAGGGUUUGCAUACUUUUGAGGUGGAGUAUUUCUAA